CCGGGGUGAACUUUUCGAUCAAAACGCUGCAUAGGUAAGUCGAUGGCCAGUGCCAACAGGGCGCUUUCAAUGCCGUUCAAGUUGAGCUUGAACUUGAGCUUGAACUGAAGCAACGAUGGGGCCCGUCAAUAUGGUUAUAACUAGACCGCGACUCUCUUCUCUGUCGGUCUUGUCCAUUCUCUUUCUCCCUACUUGUCUGGUGGUCGCAGAACUUUAUUCGUACUACUAUCCACGCUGGCAUAAGACAGAAUUGACCUCUGCUGCGACCUAUUGUUUGAUCCAGAUUGCCUGCCAGUCGACGUCUUUUAUGCUUUGUGGCAAUCGUAAUUAAUUGACGUCAAGCUAGACUUUCAUACGACAAAUAGCAUCGCCAUCAUUCAUCGACAAUGUCUAUGCAGGCCAGCAAGCAACAUCUCCCCCCCGAGCUAUGGCUGCGCAUCUUCGAGCUCGCGACAUACGUCCCAGGACUCCUAGAGACGGACAUACCAGAUCCUUUCGACAUGGAUCCGCCGUCCAUCCUCCACCUCCAUCAGGAGUAUGACAGGAAGCUUUUCAAGUACUCGAUGGUCACCAAGAGAUCUAUCGUCCUUGUCUGCCGGACAUGGUAUUCGCUCGCUCUCCCGCUCCUCUACCAAGUUCUCUAUAUCCCGUCCCAAGAUUCCACAGGGUCGUUCUCGUCGCGAUUUAGCGAAGUGGUUUCCUCCCUCUUGAAGAGAUUCACCGACUCGAAGCACCGUCUUGACCCCGCAGGUGCAGAUGACAGCCGUCACCGAUACGUAGGGUUAUGGCCGCGUCGACUGGAGCUACAUUUCAGCGCUUAUAACCCAAUUGAAGACACCGACGUCCAGCGCUUAAUCGAACUCUCUGCUUGUCUGCCGAACCUUGAGAUCCUCGCCGCUAGCGGGCCGUUUACAGAACCCCCGAGCGUCGUCCUCGAGACUAUCCUGGCGUGCUCGGGAGCCUCGCUACGCAAGAUAUUUCUACCGCAAUGCAAUUUACGGCAGAAAGACGGAGUUGCCAUCUUGGAGAGCUGUCCACGCUUACGGGCGUUGUACGUCGGAUACGCGCAAGAGGGACUGAGCUCGUCGUGCCCCGUGGAUUGGAUGCGGGCACCAGAGCUCUCGUUUUUCACCAUCGGUGUCUGUUCACCUUCAAUGCUGUGCGAUACAGAACACGAUGUCUCCUCCAUCCCAUCCCUGCAACAGGUCUGCUUCUCUAGCCAUUCCUAUCAGCCUGUUUUGGAUACAUUCACGCAUUUCGUCGCAUUCCAAGGGGAAUACCUGCAGACCAUAUAUCUCGACACCAGGCAGAUGAUGCGGAAUGACCUGGAGGGGAGCAUCGCGCUGUUCACGGACCACUGCCCACGCCUCAAUCACCUCAUCUUGAUCAUGGAGCGAUGGAGGAACCUCCCGCGCUCCUUCACCCUUCCUGCGAGCGUCACGCACCUCGGUCUCUUCGCACAUUUCUAUCACCAGGAUGACGCCCAGGUGUUCGAAGGGCUGUUUCGCUCCCUCUCAGAUGCGCCCGCAUUGCAGGCCGUGCGGUUUCUGGAACCGUGGGGGGUGUCUUCAUUACGGAAGAAUCAUUCGGACGCGGUCCUGUCAUUGUUAGCUUCAUGCACGUUUCGUUUGGAGGAUUGCGACGGGAAGGCGCUGAGGUUGAAGGAUUAUGGAGGAGAACCUGAUUGGGACUGGGAACUCCCGUGGAUGCCUGGCUCCUCGAGGACGUCGUUGUCGAGCGCACCUUGUAUUAUCGGAUGAAUUUCCAAAGGGAGUCGAUGCCCGAGCAGGGACAUUGCUUGUGUGACGUGUAGUGCGCUUAGCGCUCUUUUACCUCGGUCUUCUUCUUUGUGCAACUGCAUGUUGUUCCAUUAGCGCCCCCCUGUUACAGAUCGGUCAAAAUGGCUGCCAGUGCUGUCUGUGUUCCUAUCUUGCAAACGCUACUCCCUUGUCGUCUACGAAAAUUGGUAUCGGUAUGCGGAUGGAUUGGGAUUUCAGUAGCUUAUUUUACCGACCUGAACAUAGUAUUUGAGAGAGACCAUCAGUUAUUUUGUAUAGAAGAGUACUGUAGAUCAUGAAAACAGCGACGUACCACAAGCUG